AAUGAGUGAGAGGGAAAAUCCAAAGUAGAAGAAAACAAAAUCAGAUGACGAAUUAAAUUCAAAAAUAUAUAUGUAUAUGUCGACGUCUCUGUUGUGUUCUUCUCUCUCCGCAGUAAUUUUCAAUUUUGUUUAAUUAAUGGCAUAAACACGAAUCUAGUAGAUAUAUACACACACAAGGCACGUAUAUGUAUCGAUACACACGCAAAACAACACAGAUAUCAACAGAGAAAGUUCUGAUCUUGUUCCAUCUUCUCCCUCCAUCUCUCCGUUUGGAAUAUUAUGUAACGCACAUAAUUUACCUGUGUAUAGUUGAGAAUUUAAACCGGGGCAGUUUUGUUCUUGCCCCAAGAUUGGAUUCUUUCAAAAAUUGGUGUUUAUCUUGAGUGGAAUUGGAGGUUUAUGUUUGGAUACAGUGAGAAUUUAGUUGGGAUUGUGAGAUAUUUGGGAGUUAAUUGAAAGGGAUUGGUGAUGGGGAAUAAAUUGGGGAGGAGGAGGCAGGUGGUUGAUGAGAAGUACACUAGGCCUCAGGGGUUGUACCAACACAGAGAUGUGGAUCAUAAGAAGCUUCGGAAGCUGAUUCUUGACUCGAAGCUGGCGCCUUGCUACCCUGGUGAUGAUGAUUCUGCCUGUGACCUCGAGGAGUGCCCCAUUUGCUUCUUGUACUAUCCAAGUCUUAAUCGGUCGAGAUGCUGCACGAAGGGCAUUUGUACAGAGUGUUUUUUGCAGAUGAAGACCCCCAAUUCGACGCGGCCUACACAGUGUCCAUUCUGCAAAACCUCAAAUUAUGCUGUGGAAUACCGAGGUGUUAAGACGAAGGAGGAGAAAAGCAUAGAACAACUUGAAGAACAACGAGUCAUUGAGGCCAAAAUAAGGAUGAGGCAUCAAGAAAUUCAGGAUGAAGAAAAGUUUAUGAAACUAAGAGAAAUAAGCUCGUCUAGCAGUAUGAGAGCACCAACUGAGGUUGAAUAUCGCUCGACCCAAGCGCCCACUUCUGUUUCUGCUAUAGAAUCUGAAGAAAUUACUGCUUCACAUGAGUCCAGUGAAACUUCAGCAAUAAGACCACCACAACGCCAAAGGCAGACUAGGGAGGAUGAAUUUGACCUAGAUCUUGAGGACAUCAUGGUUAUGGAAGCAAUUUGGCUGUCUAUUCAGGAAAAUGGGAGGCAUCAAGAUCUAUCUUACAGUGAUGCAGUUCAGUCAGGAGAAUACAUUGUAGACAAUCGCAGCUCAUUAGCAGAAAUAGUUCCGGCAGCUGGAUCAUCGUCGUCCCCCUCUGGUGGUCUUGCUUGCGCUAUCGCAGCCCUUGCUGAACGUCAGCAGGUCAGCGGAGGGACCCCUACCAGCUAUGGCGCUGACAUGUCUGAAUACAACGUGUCUGGGAGCAGCAAGUAUUCCAACGGUGAGGGGCAGGAAUCUGAAAAUUAUUUUCCCGCAGAGAGUGGCACUAUGGUAUCACCCGACAGCCAGCUGGCAAUGACCGGGGAUGCUGGAGAAUGGGCUGAUCAUCGAUCUCAAAUGGCUGAAGUAGGAACUAGUUACGGAGGCUCUGAUGAAUUUGGGGAUGCUGGCAGUCCCUCUGUCCCCCAGGAAGACGAGAACCACAACAGCGUUCAACCUGUCGCAGGAUCAAUAAUUCCCGAGAGUUUUGAGGAGCAAAUGAUGUUAGCCAUGGCUGUUUCACUGGCUGAGGCUCGAGCAAGGACUAGUACUCCGGGAGUAGCUUGGCACUAGCUCGUGAGAUAGGCUGGGACUGGAGGGUGGCUCGCACGUCGUGAUGUUGACCGUGUGAAUCACAGGUUAUCGUUCAUUGGGUUCGUUUUCCUCAUACCUAGAGAAAUAUCUUGUGAGCAUCUCCAUGUUUGGCUGCACAGCCGAGGACUCGAUAGGGAGAGUUUACUACGUUAAUUCCGAACUUGAGGCCGUUGUUUUCGAUUAUCUGGCUGGAAACAGUGCCAUCUCUUGGGAGAUGGAUGCAGUGAUUGUACAUAUAGAUUUACACACACAAGUAUAUCAGUGGUCUUUGAAUUUGUGGUUUGGUAUGGAGAUGCUGCUGAUUAGAUAUGUAUGGGGAAGGAAUAGUAGGUUUUCUUGUUCAAACAGGCAGAUUCUUUUAGUAUGUGAUUUUAUUUCUUUUC